AAGCCCGGCAACCGUAUUGACCCAUAGCAAAAGUCUGGUGAUUUGGGUGAUAUCAACGAAACAAGUGUUUUAUAUCAUAUAAGAUAUACAUAGCCCGUUUUUUCCGGACUGAUUUCCUCACAUUUUGACCCAUUUUUCAUCUCAUCUUCGCCUCCCCAACUAAAGAUGGACUCCAAACAAUCAUCUCCUUUUCUGGCCAGACCCAUUGUGUUAUCUCCACCACCGUUGAGUACCGGAAUCUCCUCGGGUAGCCAAGGGACUCAAAUGGGGCCCGAAGACCUGAAGCUUCAGGAUUUCCUCGCGGCCGGCCAUUAUAACCGCCAGCAGAGCGUUGGGUAUAAUUUGCAACACGAAUUUGAAACCCUAAACGCAGACUUGGAUUUGGACUUAAAAGAUCCUCGCAGUGCUCCCGCCACCUCCCAGGCCGGCGGGUUCUCGGUGCUGUCUCCCGUGCCCACUAACAUUAAUGGUUCGCAAGCUGGCCUUGGUUCAUUAUUAAAUCUGAGCUUCUACUCGCCGCUCAACUUGCCCCACCGUUCUCAAACCGUAGCUGACUUCAGCUUAUCCAGCCGACCAACAUCUUCCACUCUGUUCUACCAGGAACUUAUACAGUUCACCGCCUGGAUCGAAAAUUUAAGUCCUCAGGAUAAUGCCACCAUGAUCGAGUACUUGUGCUCAAACUUGCCGGUGGACAUUUUACUCAGUUUCAGGUCCAAACUAGAAGCACAGUUGGGAGGACAACUUUUAUCACCUCCUCAUGUGCCCAAUCAGAACACGCUUUCACAGGUAUUAUCACCAUAUGCCUAUACUCAGAAUCAGCUGGUACCUUCAGAGGUGUUGACGGACUUGGAUCACUUGAACCUCUCCGACACCCGCACCUUGCACCAGCCCAAGCCGCGGCCCAACGUGUUCAGGCUGUACGCCAGUACCUUGGGCGACGCGGGCCCCCGGUCGCGCGACCGCCCUCGGUCGGCCGACCCCAGUCUCCAGGCCAAGCAGCAGCCUCAGUACCAACAAUUUCAAACCCAGCUGCUGUUACACCCUGGCUACCAAAAUUUAGACAGAGCCAAGUCGCCCACCAGCCACAUGUUCGAGAAGACCAAUUUUUUGCAGCUAGCCGCACAGUCUCCAGGACUUGGACCACUGCAGGCCCAGGAUGAAUAUGAGCAGUUGGAUAUGUCACAAAAAUUGGGGGCUUUGGCCACCAUUAACUCGCGGGUGGCAUUAGACCUGAACAAGAAGAACUUUGGGGCGUACCAUGACCCCACCAACCGGGCCAUCAACUCGAGCUCAGUUCCACUUGUGUCUAAUAAGGUUAAAUCGCCCAACCAAAAACCUCGCAGUGGCUACGCAAGUGCUGCUGGGGGCUCUACUGCCACCUCUACCGCCAAGAGCAUCGACUCCAGUCUCGGGGUCACCGCCAAUAACUCGAGCCCCAACGCCGCUGGUGCCAGCAGCUCGAUGCCGGUGGACGUGACAAACUUGGAGUUAUUGAAAAAUAUUCCCGCGUGGUUGAAGUUGUUGCGGUUGCACAAGUACACCGACUCGUUAAAGGACGUGCCUUGGAAAGUGUUGAUAGAGUUGAGUGACGAGCAGUUGGAGGAGAAAGGCGUCAAGGCACUUGGAGCUCGUCGCAAGCUUCUCAAGGCGUUUGACGUGAUCAAGGCCCAGUAUGAUUAAGUAUCCAGGCCAAACAGCCCUACGGCCCCGCUAAACACCAGGCAUAUACGACCCAGCCAAACAUAUAGAGCAUCUGGCUGGAACCCUAGGAGUUUCUUCUACCUGGUGACUACAUAGGAAAUAAUAGAUUUGGAGACCUUUGGCCGUACAAAAAGUGUAUAUUAAACAUUAUUAAGCCAUUCACAUGAUCACACAACAGGAGUUGGUCUUUUUGGCCUGUUUGUAAAACAUCCGGGACGAGCUCGACAACGCCUCCGACUUGUCAACCAAGCUGUCUAACUUCUCACCCCUUUGCAACACAUUCUCAAUGGUCUUGUGUAAAACAAUCUUGGUUUCGUCCAACUCCUGCUGGACUCUCAUGAUUGAGUCGGCCUGCGUGGGGUCCUGGUACUUCUUCAAGUAGGAUUCCAACUCGGCGUAGUUUAAGGUAUUGUUGGUUUCUUCAAGAUUCUCCCAUUCCGAUUUGGGGUGUAAAGACAAGUACUCUUCCAAAACCUUGUUUAUCAACGAAUAGGCCGGUCUCACGGGGUACUCCUUGUCGGAGAUGAUGACACAAGCGAGGCCUUCCAGUCUGGCAUAGGUGUGGCCAAUGUAAUUACCUUCCUCAACUGAUUGUCUUUGGCCGCUCUGGGUUCGUUGCGACACCGUUUCAGCAAAAAAAGUCAUAAACUGGGACACUCCGUUCUUUUCAAAGAAGGAAAACUGUGAGAGAUCCUUGGCGUGGGCCAACUCCACCGCCUUGGACCCAGAAGUCUUUAUGAUUCCAAUAUAAUAUAACUUCAUUCUAAAUCAAUUUCGCCGAUGAUGAUGUUGCUGCUCAGUUUUCUGCUCCUUCCUA